AUGAUUGGCAUGCCAAAGAGUGGCGCUUUUGGUCUUGGCCGGAGCAGUCCCACGGCUGAACUUUCCAACACAGUGGCCAUCACUGAUGCAAAGUGGAACUGGCCAGUGGUCGAUCAACAGGUUGUGUCGCUGUUGUCAGAGUUCGGAGAGAUCGCCAGGCUUGAUACCAGCCUCGUCACAGUAGCAGGCUGCCUCCUCGUCACGUUCUUCGAUGUUCGCUGUUCCCAACGUUUGAUGUUGUCUGGGAUCGCCACAACGAAGCCGUUUCCUCCCGCUGCACACGACUGCCGCACGGUCCGUGUAAAUAUGCUGGCCUUUGCGGAGAGAGUCGGGGAAGCCAGCGGAGGAUUCAGCCAGUUCGGUGAGCUUGCAGACAUCUCUCUCCAGGGCGAUGCUGCCAUCGUCGAGUUCUACGACAUUCGCUCCGGCCACAUGCUGCUUGCUGCUUCACAGGGCACUGCGGUUCCCUGGGUGUGGCAGCCAUCCAUGCUGGAUGCCAGCAAGAUGGAGAGCCCCGAGAUGACAGGCCCUGAGGACUUGUUGCAAUUGAUUGGUGCAGAGCCUCUGGCGGGCCUUCUUCAUGCAGCGCAAGGCCAAGUUUCCCCGGAGGAUGACGGUUCGCUUGGGUCACCUCAGGACGACAAGAAGGGGGCACAGGCAGCAGAGCGUGGCAAUCGGCCUCUCCGCACCAAAGUGUCCAACAAAGAGUUUCAGAAGUACGACAUUGAUGUGGACAGGAUUCAGCUCGGAAAAGAUCCGCGUACAACCGUUAUGGUCAGAAACAUUCCCAAUGGAUGUAGCCGCAAGUGCUUCCUGCAGUUCCUGGAGAAGAACGCUCUUGGAGACAGGUUCACCUUUUUCUACAUGCCUUGCAAAGAGCACCGAAACGUCCCUGCCGGCUUUGCGUUCAUUAACUUUGUUUCCCCCAUGGACGUCCUGAAGCUUUUUGUGCUCUUGAAGACCGGAUCGUGGAGCGACUUCAUGAAGAACCAAUCCAAAGCUCCUGCCCUCAGUUACGCGCGAUUUCAAGGUCACCAAGAACUUUCCGACCACUUCAGCAGCUCUGCUGUCCUUCACGAACAGGACCCAGAGAAACGGCCCAUCUUCCGCCCCGAGAAUCUGACAAAGUCUGAAAACCUGGCCAUGGUCACUCCCCCGGCCCUACAGAUGCCGGCGUCCUUCAUGCCAGGCGGUUACGAUGAGAAUCCUGGCCUGGGAAUUUUCGGGCCAGGAGAGCAGUCUCUGGACAAGCUUGGCAACCUCAAGGGCAUGCACGAGACGUCUUCCCAGGUUGACAAGGGCAAGAUCAGCGGCUUGCCGAUGUACUUGAAGCCGGACAACUUUGCCAUUGGAGCGUGA